AUGGGCCUGUGUUCCUAUGUGUCAUGGAGGCAUCACUACCGGAUAGUCUCAUCAUGCUGGCUGACUGAGAAUCUGCAGCAGAAGGAUGAUGAUCUCAUCAAGCCGAAGAAGCUGCCAAAUCCCGUCCUGGAGUCUCACCAACACCGAGCCCUUCAUCGAGAGCUGCUGUUCUGCUGCAGACGAGGUCUACUGCCCAGACAAAAGCCCGAGCUGCUAAAUGUGCUGGAACACAGGCAGAGGCAGCAACAGAAGCAAAGAGAACGAGCCCUCCGGACCCCCUCCGACCUGGAGCUGAAGCUACGCAAAAGGCAGCAGAAAAUACAAGUGUAUGAGUUGGAGGAGCUGAAGAGGAAUGAAAAGCUGAGGAAUCAACCAGAAUUUGUUCGUGUGAGAGGAAGCCUGAAGCACAUCCAGAUUGUUCAUCAGUGAAAACCAGAACAAAAAGGCAACAAAUCAGUUCCCUUAGACUGUGUAGCAUGUGCAGACGGAUGUGAGAAGCUGCUGUGUUGGUUAAUAAACAGGAGGAUCAACUUUAACAACUGGAGACCAUCACACACAAGCACAGCACCCAUCGUAGCUAA